UGGCAGAGGUAUUUCGGUCGGCCUGCUCCGGUGACGGUGCUCGGUGCCGGUGGCCGCCAGUGGUGCGUCUGAGGUCGUCGCCGCCCAGCCGCUACUCCGCUCCUGCGCCGACAGCCGACCGGCCGCCACACCCCACAGGAGUGCAGCCAUGGUGCACUGGAAGCGUGACCUCGACCUGUACACCAUCGGACGGCCGCUGGAGCGCAAUGCCGGCUUCUGGCUCAACUACAUGAAGGGCCUCAAAGGUGACCACGGCGACACGACGCCGGUGCGCGGCGAGCCGACGCUGCCGGCGGCGCCGCGCAGCCGGCUGCGCACGCCACCGAGCGCCGCCGCCGCCGCCGAGCCGCCGUCGCCGCUCGGCGCCGGCAAGGACCCCUUCAGCGACCCCUUCUUCAAGAAGGACAAGGAGGAGCCAUUCACGGCGCCCGACCCGCUCGACGGCGUCACGCUGCCCGACGACGUGCGCGACAUCAUCGACCGGGCGCGCCGGCGCCACCGCGACUUCAAGGCCGACGCCGACCGGCGCAUGGCGCGCUUCUGAGCGGCGCGAGCGAGCGCGCGCGCGCGAGGUGGCCGCGGGCGCCGCCGUCUGGCGGGUGACCCGCCUGGGGGCGGCGGCGGCGCCCGCGGCGCUGCGGGUCCCCGCGACCCGGCGCCGAGCAGGGAGGAGGGCCGCGGCCCGCCGCUCGGUCGGCGGAUGAGUAUAGGCGGACGACUGACGAGCCGCGCCGGCGCUGAGCUGAGCUGAGCUGAGCUGGCCGAGCUGACUGCACCGAACGACGACAGGACUGACGCUGACAGCGCUGUGGCUAUGGUGUUUUACCAAUAAAUACACGGUGUGGUGUCCAA